GAGAACAUGGUGGAGGUAGAACUCAUCGACUUUGUGAAGUCAGAGGGUGGGAUCGGCGCCUUUCUGAGACCGUUGAGCAAAGGUCUCGGUGCAAAGAUCGACAAACUUGCUGAAGGCGAACUCGCUGCCAUUGUAAGUGCAUCACCUCCUAACUAA